UGCCUACAGCCCCAGCUACUUGGGAGGCUGAGGCAAGAGGAUCACUUAAGCUCAAGAAUUUGAGGAUUUGAGGUUGUGAGCUAUGAUUAGGCCACUGUACUCUAUCCAGGGCAAGCGAUGCGACUCUGUCCCAAAAAAAAAAAAAGAAAGAAAAGAAAAGAAAAGUUGCAGGAGUUCUUUAUAUAUCUUGGAUACUAGACACUUAGAUAUACCAAUCAGCAAAUAUUUUCUCACAUUCUGUGGGUUGUUUUUUCAUUCCCUUAAUAGUGAGUGUUAUUUGAGGCUCGGUGGCCGUAGCUCACAGUUAGGAUGCCAGCCACAUACACUGAGGCAUGCAGGUUCAAACCUGGCCCAGUCCUGCUAAACACCAAUGACAACUACAACAACAAAAAAUAGCUGGGUUUGGUGGCGCCUAUGGCUCAAAGGAGUAAGGCACUGGCCCCGUAUAUUGGAGGUGGUAGAUUCAAACCCGGCCCGGCCAAAAAAAAACUGCAAAAAACCCCAAAACAACAACAACAACAAAAAUAGCCAGGUGGUAGUCCAGGCAGCGGAAGAGUGUGGUAGGUAAUGGUCAUCAGCGCAAGGGUCAUUUCAUCUCUGGGAAGUGACGGCCCUCGCCCAUGGUGAUGGUGGUUAGCAAGAUGAACAAAGAUGCACAGAUGAGAGCAGCAAUUAACCAAAAGUUGAUAGAAAUUGGAGAAAGAGAACGCCUCAAAGAGUUGCUGAAAACUAAAUUAAUUGAAUGUGGCUGGAAGGAUCAAUCGAAGGCACUCUGUAAAGAGGUAAUUAAAGACAAAGGACCAGAACCCUUUACUGUUGAUGACUUGGUGGCUAAAAUCAUUCCAAAAGGCAGAGCCCUGGUACCUGACAGUAUAAAGAAGGACCUCCUACAAAGAAUAAGAAUAUUCCUUGCUCAGCAUGCCAGCCUUUAAGAUUGAAUUAGAUCAUGUUAUUCUGUGGUUUUAUUUCUGAAAGUAAAACUUGCCAUAAAUUAGAAAAAAAAAAAAUAGCUGGGUGUUGUGGUGGGCGCCUGUAGUCCCAGCUACUUGAGAGGCUGAGGCAAGAGAAUCGAUUUAGCCCAAGAGUUUGAUGUUGCUGUGAGCUGUGAUG